CAGAAAGAUCACGUGUCAGUACGGAAACGGAAACUAAACCAAAAUGGCGGCGUCCUUGAGCAGACAGGGAAGAAUAUUAUUUAUGGCUUGUAGUCAACUGAAUUCUGCACCUUGUCUCAGCGCUGGAUCAAGAAAUAUAAACACCAGUGCAGUUUGCUGUAAGAACCGUGCAGCCCGCAUUAGAGUGGGGAAAGGCGACAGGCCUGUGACCUAUGAACAGGCCCUACAUCCGCACCACAUAGCUCAUAGGAAGGGAUGGCUGUCUCAACACACAAGUAACCUGCAGGGUGAAGGAGGUGCCGCAGAGCGCAUUGUAGAAGACAUGUUCAUCCGGCGUUUCAUCUUUGGCACGUUUCACGGAUGUCUCGCUAAUGAACUGGUGAUCAAGCGCAGGGGCAACAUGCUGAUUAUCUGUGCUUUGAUGCUGCAGAAACUCCAACCUAAUAAAUAUUAUUUUCUUAUCGGCUACACCGAGGAGCUGCUCUCACACUUCUACAAGUGUCCUGUAAAGAUGGAGAUCCAGACCCUGGAAGAUAAAUCUGUCUACAAAUAUCUCUAAGGCCCAGGAGGGAGAAAUGGAGCAACAGCAAUUUAUCCUCUUUGGUUUCUUAGUUAAAUAUCAUGUGAAUAUAAUGUAUGUAAUAAAAAAACAAACCCAUGCUAAUACAUGCCUCACUAUUGUGUCACGUACUGCAGAUCUGUUAUGCUGAGCUUCUACAUUUUGUAAUGUUUUAGUCUGGAACUGAAACUGGACUUUAUCUCAUGAGGAUUGUAUCUUAUGAGUAAUUCACUUGAUACAAAAUAAGAGGGGGUCAGUAGAAAAUCUUUAACAAAUAAAAAGUAUUUACUUUGAUUGCUGUGAAACCUCUAGGCUUAUCAGAAGUUAGAUAAUUUGAAUGGAGUUGACGUGUUGAAAUCGCCCUGUCAAAACCCAGACAUCUGUCUGACUGAAAAUAUGUCACUUUAUCACUUUAUUUUAGCAAGAUGAUUGUUUAGCACAAUCCUAGGUUUUAAUGUGUUGACCAGUUCUUAACGGUCCAGGACUUUCAAAUUUUUUAUUGCUUUUUAAAUUUUUUUAUUGCUUGAUGCAUGACAAUAAUUUGAUCUUUUUUUAACAGCUGACCUUUUUAUUACAUAAAUAUCUCGUUCAACUUUAUAGAUUUAUAUCUGUUAAAGCAUUGCAAUAAUGUAAUGGUAUAAGUAACAAAAAAAAACACUGGUUUAAAACAAUCGUCAUAUACUCUGUUCUCGUUAAUGUAAACAAUUUAAUCUACGCUAAAGUAAAAUAAAAAUAAAAAAAUUUGUUAAUAUAUUACCAUAAAACCCGAUUCUAUAUUGGCUAAGU